AUGAAUCUUAUUACUAACGAUAAGGACAAUGUUAAAGAUAAUACUAAAUCUGAUACUGUUGCUCAGGAUGCACUAAAAUCACAAUUCAUCAAUACAACUAAUUAUCGUAGUAGCACAGCAUUAAUCGACUUCUAUUACUUUAAUGAUAUUCCCAACAGAAGAAGUUUUAUUCACAUAGUAAACAAAGAUAUCUUAUCUAUUUAUAAUAGAAAUACUAAUGAUGUCAGUAAUGUGGAAAUGAAUAUCUUUAAAGGCUUUAUUGUUACUAGGGGUAAUAAUAGCACCACUUCUGGUGGCAGCUGCAAUAAAGAUCAGGGAAUUGUGGAGAAAUUAAUUGCUAAAAAUUUACUGCAUUUGUUAGAAAAUGUAUUGAAAUUAAAUAACACUAGUAAUACAAAGGAGAACAAAAAGACAAGAGAGGAACAGAUUGAACUAGAUAUAACCGAAUUAUUCGUUUUGAUAUCCAAUACCAUGAAUUUUAUUAUUACCGCAAUACGUGACAAUAUGAUCAUUAUUAAUCAGGAUGUCGAUGGUAUUUUAAUAAUAGAUGACCAAAUCCUAUUACUAGAAUGUAUUUUUAAGUUUAAUCAAUUUUUAUCAUCGGAACAUCACUAUUUAUCACGCCGAUUAUACCUAAUUUUUGCAAAAUUUAUUGACGAAGAAUGUAUACAGUUUAAAGAUAUAUUUAUCAAGUUAAAUAGCGUACUCGAUGAGGAUAAGAAACAACAAUUUAUAACUAGCUUGAUGAAAUUUUUACUAUUACCAUCGCCAUUCUCUUCCACUUUUGAUAUUACUGAUGAUGAGAGAUUAACUUUAUUUAAAAGAGUGUGGAUAGGUGUUAUUUCGAGCUAUUCUGAUGAAAACUUUGGUUGCAAUUUAAUACAAGGGGAUAAAAAUCUUGCUACUAUGAAAAGAAAUGGGUUCAUUUUUGUAGAUUAUUGUGCGUUAACUAUCACGAAGCUACUAACCGGAUAUUUUGUCAAUAUUACCGCUAAUGUCGAUAAAAAUACUUGUUUCAAUGGUACAAAUUACAAUACUAGUUGUAAUAUUAUAGAAAUCAUGCUUGGAGACGUGCAUAGCGAUAACUUUUUCGUUUUUAACCUUGAAAUUUAUCAUAAAAUAAUACAGUUGUGUUCUUGGGCCAUUACUAUGACAAAGGCAAAUAACACAUCUGCAAAUACCAUAAAUGUUUUAGCUAAAUCUUUCCAUAUACUAAGUGUGUGUUUACAUUGUUAUUAUCUAUUAAAAAAGGAAUCCAGCGAUACAAACGAGGAUAAUACUUUGAUUUUUAAAUGUUUAGAACAAUUUAUAAAAACAAUAUGUGAAUUGAGGACUGUCAGUUGUGAGAAUAAUAAUAAUAAUCUCAAUAGCGAACAAUAUGAGGAAAAAAAGAGCACUGAGGCAUUUACGAGAGAUGCAAAAAUUGAAAGAGAUCAAUCAAUAGAUAGUACAGACGAUUACAUUAGUCAAUUAAAUGAAUUAAGUGAUAAUAUCAAUAUGUUAUAUAGUGAAGAAUACGAUGAUGAUGAUGAUGAUGAUGAUGAUGAUUGUGAUUCUUAUAUCAAUGCGAACAUGACUGUGAACAACUACAAAGAACAAGAAGAAAAAAAACGUUUUUUGGACCAACUUUUAAAUGAAUUAUUGUAUUUUAUGAUCAAUGUUUCAAUGAUUAAGGAAAAUACUGACAAUUUUAGUAGUAGAAACCCAUUGGCAGAACAACUAUUUAACCACGAGAUUUUUUUAUCAUUUAUAUCAAGCUUAGCCAAGGAUAAACAUUUGGAUAACACUUUUGAUUAUAUUACUAGAUGGAAAUUAGUCCUAUUAACAAAGGAUAUUGGAAUUAUUAACACUUUUUUUGAGACUCAAAUGAAACUACUGGAAUCAUCUUCGUUGUUACUUUUUUUCACUCCUUCAUUGAUAGAAGAAAUAGUAUUAUUUAAUCAAACUUAUGGAACACAAUGGAAUAAUACUGUUUAUAAAACAUUGUUGUAUUUGUGUCAGAAAAACGUCGAUAACGUUCAAGAGUUGCUCCAAUUGUAUUGUUUUAAAAUUAUUCCAUCGGAUAACAUAGCGCCCUUUGAAUUAGAUGCUAAUGUCAAUAACAAUAGUUCUGAAGAAAAAGAAAAGGCAUGUAUCAAAUUUCCUCUUUAUUUUCUAGAAGUAGAAAUGGAUCAACAAGGUUGUAUAUUUGAUGAUUUUGAAGAGAUCGAGGAAAUGUUUAAUGUAUAUUUGGAUAAAAGAAGCGGCUAUAAUGAUGAAAAAAAUAGUACAAUGCUUCAAUUGGAUUUACAUGGAAACAAUAAAUUAGUAAUUCCUAAUGUUCUGAUCGCGAAAAUAAUAGAAAGAUAUUGUGGAUCGAAAUCUGAGUUGAAUUUUAAAUUAUUAUGUUUCAGUAACACUACUGUUAAUUCUGAUCGCAAUGGUGCUGACAGAGUUGAUAAAUUUAAAACAUUAUUGAAAUACAGCUGUUUGUUAAAAUUGAACAGUUUUUGGAGGGAAAUGAUUCCUUUAAAAUUUAAUUUUCUUAGCUGCAGAAGCAUUGAACAUAUCUUAAAAUUUUUCCAACUCGAGAUUUUAGAUUCAGAAUCACCUAUUUUAUUUUAUGAAAUGAUGUUGACUAUAAUUAGAAAUAUUAUCUCGAAAUUGGUGAGAUUAUAUAGAUGGCCAAACCUAAUUGGCAAGAACGUUUCCUACAAAGAUAGUUCUAAUAAGAUGCUUUCUACUAAUGAUGUUUGGAAAUUAAUUAAUUUUUUAAUGAUAAAAUUCAUUAAGCAAACACCCAAACAUUUUUUAGAUUAUUUAAAAAUGGGAUCUUUCAAAAAGAAGGUGGAGCAUUAUGGAAAUAUUAGAAUAAUCGGUUUACAAAUUAUUUUAAUGUUUAUAAAAGAGGUUAAUAGAGAACAUUCUCAUUGUGAUAGUAAUAGUAUUUUUACAUCUCGUUAUUCAUUCCCGCAUAUGUUUAAUUAUGAGAUGUUUUCAAUAUUAUAUCAAUAUUGUGAAUUUAAAUUGGCUAGAACAAAUGAUAGGAAUUCUAAAAUCAACGUAGUUAUAAAAACAUUAAGAAAAGAAUUACUAAACAACAAAACAUUUCAAAGUAUUUAUUUUCUCAAUGAAUUACGAUAA